GUCGGAUGGGAAAACGGACGGGAUAUCCAUACAUUCCCCUGGCGCGUGAGAGAAAAUCCCUCCAUAGACUGUGCUCGUAGCUGCUUGUCCAACAAGGGUCCGGGGACCUGCUUGCCAGAAGCGCGGCCAAAACAAAAUCUCCUUGGCAUCCCCCUCCAUCCCAACCGAGGUGCCGGACUGAUCCCUCCCUCCUUUGCUCCCAUUUCUGCUGUGCUCUCUCUCUCUCGAUCUGUUCGUUUCUAGCCUGGCCAUUGGAAGUUUGGGUGCGGAAAGGCCAGUGCUUUGCAAGCAAGCUCACCCCUUCCCUUCCUGUUGACAGGACGAAGAGAGCUCGAGAUAAACGACUGGCUCCAAAGCGCCUGCCCUGCUUGGAAGCUCCCCCUGCUGCCGAGCGCGAGCAACCCCACCACUCAUCGCAUCCGCUAGCGUCACUCACCCCACUGUCGCGACCGACACUGAGAGAAGCGCGGGCUCGAACCGACCUCGAAGCUUCGUCUCCCGCGCCAUAUAUCAUCCCACUCCCCGACGGAGCCCAACCCUUGAGCUGCUGGCGAGGAGAAAGCUGUCGAGGUUUCUUCUUUUCCUCGCAAUUGCCCUCACACCGCACUUCUUCACCAAGAGAUCGCACAGAGGGAGGGAAAUCCCCCCCAUUCAGCGACCAUGUCGGCCAACGCCCCGCCCUCGGAGUCGCCGCCGGCGUACCAGUCCGAGAGCGCCAUUGACGAUGUCGAGGAGGCGCCUAAGGAGGCGCACACUGUUCAUCGCAUCAGGGCCAAUUCCAGCAUAAUGCAGCUCAAGAAGCUUCUAGUUGCGAACCGUGGCGAAAUUCCUAUUCGGAUCUUUAGGACUGCGCACGAGCUUUCUCUUCACACCAUUGCCGUCUUCAGUUAUGAGGACCGGCUUAGCAUGCACAGGCAGAAGGCCGACGAGGCUUAUGUCAUUGGAAAACGAGGACAGUACACGCCAGUCGGGGCCUACCUGGCCGGGGACGAGAUCAUUAAGAUCGCGCUCGAGCAUGGCGCCCAGAUGAUCCACCCUGGAUAUGGCUUCCUUUCCGAAAACUCCGAGUUUGCAAAGAAGGUUGAGGAUGCUGGCCUAAUUUUUGUCGGCCCGUCGCAUCAAGUUAUCGAGUCCCUUGGAGACAAGGUCUCGGCCCGCAGGCUUGCCAUCGCAGCCAAGGUCCCCGUCGUGCCCGGAACAGAGGGCGCUGUGGCCAGGUACGAGGAGGUCAAGAAGUUCACCGACGAGUAUGGCUUCCCCAUCAUCAUCAAGGCGGCCUACGGUGGUGGUGGCCGUGGCAUGAGGGUUGUUCGCGACCAGGAGUCGCUGAAGGAAUCGUUCGAGCGCGCCACGUCGGAAGCCAAGUCGGCCUUUGGCAACGGCACCGUCUUCGUCGAGCGCUUCCUGGACAAGCCCAAGCACAUCGAGGUCCAGCUGCUGGGUGACAACUUUGGCAACAUUGUGCAUCUCUACGAGCGCGACUGCUCGGUCCAGCGCCGCCACCAGAAGGUCGUCGAGAUCGCUCCCGCCAAGGACCUACCGCCCCAGGUUCGUGACGCCAUCCUGAACGACGCCGUCCGUCUGGCUAGCUCUGUUGGCUACCGCAACGCCGGCACGGCCGAGUUCCUGGUCGACCAGCAGAACCGCUACUACUUCAUCGAGAUCAACCCGCGUAUCCAGGUCGAGCACACCAUCACAGAGGAGAUCACUGGCAUCGACAUCGUCGCCGCACAGAUCCAGAUCGCGGCUGGCGCCACGCUGCAACAGCUCGGCCUCACCCAGGACCGCAUCUCCACCAGGGGCUUCGCCAUCCAGUGCCGUAUCACCACCGAGGACCCGGCCAAGGGCUUCCAACCCGACACGGGCAAGAUCGAGGUCUACAGGUCGGCUGGAGGCAACGGUGUGCGCCUCGACGGAGGCAAUGGUUUCGCCGGAGCCGUCAUCACUCCCCACUACGACUCCAUGCUCACCAAGGUCAGCUGCCACGGCUCAACGUACGAAAUCGCGCGCCGGAAGCAGCUGCGUGCCCUGGUCGAGUUCCGCAUCCGUGGCGUCAAGACCAACAUCCCCUUCCUCAUCUCGCUCCUGACCCACCCGACCUUCAUCGACGGAGCCUGCUGGACCACCUUUAUCGACCAGACCCCUGAGCUCUUUGACCUGCUCGGCAGCCAGAACCGCGCCCAGAAGCUGCUCACCUACCUCGGCGACGUUGCCGUGAACGGCAGCAGCAUCAAGGGCCAAGUGGGCGAGCCCAAGUUCAGGGGCGAGAUUAUCGUCCCGGAGCUGCUGGAUGACGCCGGGAAGAGGCUGGAUGUCUCGCAGCCGUGCACCAAGGGCUGGAGGCAGAUCCUGCUGGAGAAGGGCCCCAAGGGGUUCGCCCAGGCCGUCCGCAACUACAAGGGAUGCCUGCUCAUGGACACGACGUGGCGAGACGCUCACCAGUCGCUUCUGGCCACGCGCGUCCGGACAGUCGACCUUCUCGGCAUCGCCAAGGAGACGAGCCACGCGCUUAGCAACCUGUACAGUCUGGAGUGCUGGGGUGGCGCCACGUUUGACGUGGCCUACCGCUUCCUGUACGAGGACCCGUGGGACAGGCUGCGCAAGAUGCGCAAGGCGAUCCCCAACAUUCCCUUCCAGAUGCUGCUGCGCGGUGCCAACGGCGUCGCGUACUCGUCGCUGCCCGACAACGCCAUCGACCACUUCGUGGAGCAGGCCAAGAAGAACGGCGUCGACAUCUUCCGCGUGUUCGACGCGCUCAACGACAUCGACCAGCUCGAGGUGGGCGUCAAGGCGGUGCACAAGGCGGGCGGCGUGGUGGAGGCCACCGUCUGCUACAGCGGCGACAUGCUGAACCCCAAGAAGAAGUACAACCUCGAGUACUACAUGGACCUGGUGGACAAGCUCGUCAAGCUCGAUAUCCACGUUCUGGGCGUCAAGGACAUGGCGGGUGUGCUCAAACCGCACGCGGCCAAGCUACUCAUCGGCAGCAUCCGCAAGAAGUAUCCGGACCUGCCCAUCCACGUGCACACGCACGACUCGGCCGGCACGGGUGUGGCGUCCAUGGUGGCGUGCGCGCACGCGGGCGCCGACGCCGUGGACGCGGCGACGGACAGCCUGUCGGGCAUGACGUCGCAGCCCAGCAUCAACGCCAUCCUGGCCUCGCUCGAGGGCAGCGACCUGGACCCGGGCCUGAACGUGCACCACGUGCGCUCGCUCGACACGUACUGGCAGCAGCUGCGCCUGCUGUACUCGCCCUUCGAGGCGCACCUGGCGGGGCCGGACCCGGAGGUGUACGAGCACGAGAUCCCGGGAGGCCAGCUGACCAACAUGAUGUUCCAGGCCUCGCAGCUGGGGCUGGGGUCGCAGUGGCUCGAGACCAAGAAGGCGUACGAGCACGCGAACGACCUGCUGGGCGACAUCGUCAAGGUGACGCCCACGAGCAAGGUGGUGGGCGACCUAGCCCAGUUCAUGGUGUCCAACAAGCUCACGCCCGCCGACGUCGAGGCACGCGCGGGCGAGCUCGACUUCCCAGGGUCGGUGCUCGAGUUCCUCGAGGGCCUGAUGGGCCAGCCGUACGGCGGGUUCCCCGAGCCGCUGCGCACCAACGCGCUGCGCGGCCGCCGCAAGAUGGACAAGCGGCCCGGCCUGUUCCUGCCGGCCAUCGACUUCGCCAAGGUCAAGAAGGAGCUGGGCGCAAAGUACGGGCACGGCCUGACCGAGUGCGACGUGGCGUCGCACGUCAUGUACCCCAAGGUGUUUGAGGACUACCGCAAGUUCAUCAACAAGUACGGCGACCUGUCGGUCCUGCCGACGCGCUACUUCUUGUCCAAGCCCGAGAUCGGCGAGGAGUUCCACGUGGAGCUCGAGAAGGGCAAGGUCCUGAUCCUCAAGCUCCUGGCCGUCGGCCCGCUGUCGGAGAACACGGGCCAACGCGAGGUGUUCUACGAGAUGAACGGCGAGGUGCGCCAGGUCACGGUCGACGACAAGCAGGCGUCGGUCGAGAACGUGUCGCGCCCCAAGGCCGACCCGGGCGACUCGAGCCAGGUCGGCGCCCCCAUGGCGGGAGUGCUCGUCGAGCUGCGCGUCCACGACGGCACCGAGGUCAAGAAGGGCGACCCGCUGGCUGUGCUCAGCGCCAUGAAGAUGGAAAUGGUCAUCUCGGCCCCGCACAACGGCAUCGUGUCCAACCUGGCCGUCCGCGAGGGCGACUCGGUCGACGGCUCGGACCUGGUGUGCAAGAUCCACAGGAAGGGUUGAUUUUUUGGCUCCACGUCUUGGAGGAGUAGGGCAGGAUGGGCUUGGAUCGGACUUGUUGGGUUUCAGGGUAUUUUUCUUUUCGUUUUUGUUUGAAGUUAUAUGGUCUGCUAGGUCUAAUAACAAGACCAGUAUCUCAUCAUGGUCACUUCAGUGGUGUUGUGCUGUUUCCGCUGCUGUGAAAUGUCGGCGAGGCGCAAGUUCUGGCCAGUGAUCUGCCCAAGCACAAGUAGGCCGGAGACUAGAUUGAGGCAUGGCCCAGGCAGUUCCUUGGGCAGACCUCUAAACACACCAGCAGCCAGUACCAACAACACGG